AUGGCGCAAAAGUGUGCCCAUAAGGGGUGUGGGAAGGUGUUUACAGACCCUGAUGAGGAGUGUGUAUAUCACCCUGGGCCUCCGGAAUUUCACGAGGGGCAAAAAGGUUGGAAGUGCUGCAAACCCCGUGUCCUGACCUUCGACGAGUUCCUCAACAUCCCUCCCUGCAACAAAGGCAAACACUCCACAGUCGAUGACACCCCAGUAAGCGCUCCGAAACCCGAAGCAGUGGAAGCCUCGAAUAUCCUUGCCGCCGCACCGAUACCAUCACCCCUCCCCGUCACCCGACCACUGGCACCUAGUCUUGCAACCCCGCAACGACCCUCGCCUUCCGUAACACCCAAACCCGAACCCCCCGAAGACGAGUCAGACGACCCUGGUGCAGAGAUUCCUCCGAGCACGACAUGCAAGCGGAGAGGAUGCGGAAAGUCAAGAGACGACAAAAUCCCCAGAGACGAAGAGGAGUGUAUAUACCACCCGGGCGUGCCGCUUUUCCACGAGGGAAGCAAAGGAUGGACAUGCUGCAAGAGACGAGUCCUUGAAUUCGACGAAUUCAUGAAGAUCGAAGGCUGCAAAACCAAGAAGAGGCACUGCUAUGUAGGCAAGCCUAGAAGGAAAGCAGACGGUGUGGCCACGGAACAAUCAGAAGAACGGCUCGAGACCGUGCGGAACGAUUUCUACCAGACCGCCUCGGGUGUCAUUGCCAGCUUCUAUCUCAAGAAGAUCGACAAGGACAAGGCAAAAGUGGAGUUCGGCGAUGAUGGGCUUACGGUUGGUUUGGAUCUACCAACUCAAGACGGCAAGCGAUUUACGACAGUAAUACCUCUGUUCGCCCAAAUCGAUCCGGAGAAGAGUCAAUACAAGAUCAUGGGCACCAAGUUGGAACUGAACCUCGUGAAGAGCGACGGCUCCGUGAGUUGGUCCACUUUACGAAGUGAUGAGAGAGGCACAGGAGUGAGGAUCCAGCUGGGCAGAGCGGGAAGGAUGGCUGUGUCCUGA